AUGCGAGAUGCCGCCGCCCUGGAGCUCCACGCCGGGGCGCCGCGGACGGCGGCCGCCAACCCGGGCGCCGGGCGCGCCGUCCACGCGCGCGCCGUCAAGGCCGGCCUCCUCGCCAGCGCCUACCUCUGCAACAACCUCCUCUCCUACUACGCCGCCGCCGGAGGAGGCGGCGCCGGCGGCCUCCGGGAGGCGCGGCGCCUGUUCGACGAGGUCCCCGCGGCGCAGCGGAACGUGUUCACCUGGAACUCGCUGCUGUCGAGCUACGCCAAGUCGGGCCAACUGGCCGACGCGCGCGCCCUGUUCGCGGAAAUGCCCGAGCGCGACGCCGUGUCGUGGACCGUCAUGGUCGUGGGGCUCAACCGCGCCCGCCGCUUCGGGGAGGCCGUCGAGGCGUUCCUGGACAUGGUUGGGGACAGGCUGGCGCCGACGCAGUUCACGCUCACAAACGUGCUCUCGUCGUGCGCGGCCGCGGAGGCCGGCGGGGCCGGGAGGAGGGUGCACUCCUUCGCCGUCAAGCUCGGGCUGGGCGGCUGCGUGCCCGUGGCCAACUCGGUGCUCAACAUGUACGGCAAGUGCGGGGACGCCGAGACAGCGAGGGCUGUGUUUGAGAGGAUGCCGGCGCGGAGCGUGUCGAGCUGGAACGCCAUGGUGUCGCUCGACGCCCGUCUGGGGAGGAUGGACCUUGCUUUGUCCUUGUUCGAGAGCAUGCCGGACCGGACCAUUGUCUCAUGGAACGCGGUCAUCACGGGGUACAACCAGAAUGGGCUUGACGCCAAGGCACUGUGGUUCUUCUCCCGGAUGCUGUGCGAUUCUUCUUCCAUGGUGCCGGAUGAAUUCACAAUCACCAGUGUCCUGUCAGCUUGCGCCAACCUUUGCAUGGUGAGCAUCGGAAAGCAGGUGCAUGCAUACAUCUUACGGAGCGGAAUGCCGUGCGUCGGUCAGGUCACCAAUGCCCUCAUCUCAAUGUAUGCCAAGUCCGGCAGCGUUGAGAAUGCCAGGGGGGUGAUGGACCAGGCAGUGGUGGCCGAUCUGAAUGUGAUAUCCUUCACCGCUCUCCUGGAAGGCUAUGUCAAGCUUGGAGAUAUGAAGCGUGCAAGGGAGAUCUUCGAUAUCAUGACCAACCGAGAUGUCGUCGCCUGGACUGCGAUGAUCGUCGGCUACGAGCAGAAUGGUUACAAUGACGAGGCCAUGGAGCUCUUCAGGUCAAUGAUCAGAAGCGGACCAGACCCAAACAGCUAUACGCUCGCUGCUGUUCUUAGCGUCUGCGCGAGCCUGGCAUGUCUUGACUACGGCAAGCAGAUCCACUGUAAGGCCAUCAGAUCACUGCAGGAACAAUCCAGCUCCGUCAGCAACGCCAUCGUCACCAUGUACGCGAGGUCAGGCAGCCUGCCAUUGGCGAGGAGGGUGUUUGAUCGGGUCCGCUGGCGCAACGAGACGGUGACAUGGACGUCGAUGAUCGUAGCCUUGGCGCAGCAUGGCCUGGGAGGAGACGCCGUUGGCCUGUUUGAAGAAAUGCUCCGAGUCGGCGUGAAGCCGGACCGAAUAACCUAUGUCGGCGUGCUCUCAGCGUGCACCCAUGCUGGCUUUGUGGACCAAGGGAGGAUGUACUACCAGCAGAUGCAGGACAAGCAUGGCAUCGUGCCUGAGAUGAGCCACUAUGCGUGCAUGGUCGACCUGCUCGCCCGUAGCGGCCUGCUCUCCGAAGCUCAGGAGUUUAUCGGGCAAAUGCCCGUGGAGCCCGACGCGAUCGCCUGGGGGGCGCUGCUCUCGGCCUGCAGGGUCCACAAGGACGCGGACCUGGCGGAGCUGGCGGCGGAGAAGCUGCUGUCGAUCGACCCUGGCAACAGCGGCGCCUACUCGGCGCUCUGCAACGUCUAUGCCGCCUGCGGGAGGUGGGGCGACGCGGCGAUGGCUUGGAAGCGGAGGAAGGACGGAGGUGUGAGGAAAGAGACGGGGUUCAGCUGGACGCACGUGCGCGGCAGGGUCCACGUCUUCGGGGCGGAUGACACCCUGCACCCGCAGAGGGAGGCUGUCUACAGGAUGGCUGCCAAGAUGUGGCAGGAUAUCAAGAAGGCUGGCUUCGUGCCGGACCUCCAGUCGGUCCUGCACGACGUCGAUGACGAGCUCAAGGAGGAGAUGCUGAGCCGGCACAGUGAGAAGCUCGCCAUCGCGUUCGGCCUCCUGGCCACGCCGGAGGGGACGACGCUGCGGGUCAUGAAGAACCUGCGGGUGUGCAACGACUGCCACACGGCGAUCAAGUUCAUCUCCAAAGUCGCGGACAGGGAGAUCAUCCUGCGGGACGCCACGAGGUUCCACCAUUUCAGGGAUGGGUUAUGUUCUUGCAAAGAUUAUUGGUAUUGGUUCAUUCUUGCAGAUCUAACCGCUCCAGAAGAAGGGGCAGGUCUAUGGUUCAUACAUGUCAGCAGCACACUGCGGUAUUCCAGAUGGAUCGCAACAAGUCGCCUGGCCCAAAUGGGUUCCCAGAUGUUCUGA